CUCGGUUCCAUUGACACCUGCCAGCCAAGGAUGCCGAAAUUUGACCUGCCCAAGAUCCAUCGCCGGCACUACACGCCGGAGGAAGUGUCGGUGCACAAGUGCGCAGAGGACUGCUGGGUCGUGGUGUUUUCACGAGUGUUGGAUCUCACGGAACUCGUGGCCAAGAACCGCGGGGCGCUCACCCAACCCAUCGUCAACCACGCCGGCGAAGACAUUUCGCACUGGUUUGACUCGGAUUCCCGCGACGUGAAAACUCAUAUUGAUCCGGAUCGGAACCUCCGACUGCCGUACUUGCCGCACGGCCGUUUUCUCCAUGUGCCGCCACCAGAGCCCGUGUCCACAUGGAACACGCUUGACUUGAAGCCAUGGUGGAACGAUGACCAGUACUUUAUCGGGUUUAUUACUCAGCGAGUGCGCGCGAUUCAAGUUGUCAACACAUUGACGCACCAAAUGCACUCGCUCCAAGUGUGUUCGGAGGAGACGAUCGAGGAAAUUCAGUACCGGUACAUUGACUUGCAAUUCAACGCGCACGCGGGCAGCUACACGUGGAAGUACUUGGACGGCGACGAGUUUGUGCCGUUGGACAUGGCGAAAACGUUGGCGGAAAAUGGCCUUCCCGAUGAAUCUCUCGAGUUUGAAAAGCUCGGCAUGGACGCCGACGAGUUCAAGCCCAUUUUGCACAUUUACUUUAACGACGACUUGACCAUCAUGUAA